AUGGCGUUCUCAAUAAGAAAUAUUAUUUCAAACAUAUCAUACUUUAAAAAGCCAGGAGAACGCGAAGAUGCAUAUAAAAAGAAACGUCGUAACACGUACGUGUUGGAAAAAUCAAGUUUUGAACAUUUAGAAGGUGAUUCAACUUCAAUGCAGUAUACAAGCUUAGAAUUGCCGGAAUCUGUGAAAAAGUUUACUUCAAAAAAAACGUCCUUGUCCGAUACGGAUAUCCUUACUUUAUCUGAUGCACCACUUCGUCACAGACGCCGUAAAUGCAAAAAACUUAAGUUAGAUAUAAAAAAAGCCAGCCAAUCUAUGAACCAGCUUGAUUUCAACGUAGAAAACACACCAAAACAUGUUCUAUUGGAAAGCCUAACAUCAGAAACAUUCAGUGAAAGGUUUAAGGGUUUUGAUUUUAAUAAAUCAUUUGACAUCAAUGAUAUUUCUGACAUUGAUUCUUCCAUUGAAGAGGAGGAACUUAUGUCGGAUCAUUCUAAUAGUAAUUCAAAAUCGCCAGUUAGAAUGUGCAGGAAAAUGUGCUUAGAACUCCCUUCAAGUGAUGAGAGUAGACCUGUACCAUCAACUUCACCUGAAUCAUUUGCAGAUGUUGAGUUUGAUAAAAAUGAAGAGCAACGUAUGGAGCUUCUACUGAAUUAUCAAAUGCGGUUAGAGAAACUUGAUUGCUUCUUAAAAAAAAUGUUUAAUGAGUUCCAGUUUCAUAUUGAAGUGUCUAAAAUUUUUCAGUCCAAGUCUGUAGUAACAGCUCUUCCUGGAACAGAUUUAUCCAACAUACCUAAAAAGGUUGGAGACAUUAUGUUGAACAAUUUGGAUUUGAAAAACAUUGAUCCAUCAGGGAGUUGGAAUAUAAUUAUGGAGAAGGAAGAUUAUCAAGCUAAAACAAAAGUUAAAAAACAGUUGCUUUCUAUUAAAUCUUCUAUAGACAACUUUAUCAAUAGUUAUUUACAUAAUAAUAGAGAAAAUAAAUAUAUGAUUAAAAAAAGGGAACCUCAAAUGCGCAUUAACCCUAAAAAGAAGCAAAAAUAUUAUGAUUUCCCAGAUCUAAGAGAUGCCAUGAUAAAUUUAUUUUCAUUUGAAGAAAGUUUAGAAAGCAGUUUUGAUGACUCUAAGUGUCUUUGCAAAUGUCAUAGCUCCCAAACUGAUUCUGGAUUAACAAUUAAGUCUCCAGAGCACUCAACUUCAAUUUCAUCUUCAAUUGGCAACUUUACUCUUGAUACAUCAAAGUUAACAGCUUAUUCUGAAUCUCUAGACCAGGUUUUGAGUUAUAACAGCUUCCAAGACUCCUUGCAUAGUAUGUUUCUUCAAAAAGCUACCAUUGAACGCAUAACAUUCUAUAUACAAGUGCAUAGCAUUCAAUUACAUUGUGAGUCUAAUUUUGAAACAAAAAAUAUGGUGCUAUUCUAUUGUCCUUCAUGUAAAACUAACAAUGCAGAUGAAAAUGAUCUUUUGAAACAUAUUUUGAGUCAGUCACACUGUGAAAAAAUACAUUUUCUUUACAAAACAGCUUAUAUUAAGAAGUGCGUGGCAGCUGGGAAAGAAAUACAGCCUAGUACAGUAUUGAAUCCAAUGAAAAUGUACAGAGAUGAUAAUAAAAUUGUCUGUUUUGGUGAUGCACUGUAUGCUUGUUCAUUGUGCUUUGAGAAUCUGAUUAUGGGUGAAUCAGUCUUGAUGGCUCAUUGUUCUGAUCCUGAACAUGUGGAACGUAAAGAGAAAUUACAUGAAAUAAUUGAUUAA